AUGCCGGCACCAAAACCUAAGCCCGAGUAUAGUCACUCGGCUCACGGGUCUAGCCCCCGCUUGGGUCGCUCCAGAUCGCUCCCAACUUGUGACCCGCCAACACCAAAACCUAAGCCCGAGUAUAGUCACUCGGCUCACAGGUCUAGCUCCUGCCCGAGUUACUCCAGAUCACUCCCGACUUGUGACCCGCCGGUACCAAAACCUGAGCCCAAGUAUAGUCACUCGGCUUAUAAGUCCAGCUCUUGCCCGAGUCACUCUAGAUCGCUCCCAACUUGCGACCCGCUGGCACUAAAACCUGAGCCCGAGUUUAGUCACUCGACUCACAAGUCCAGCUCCUGCCCGGGUCGCUCCAGAUCGCCCUCGACUUGCGAUCUGCCGGCACCAAAACCUGAGCCCGAGUAUAGUCACUCGGCUCACGAGUCUAGCUCCUGCCUGAAUCGCUUUAGAUUGCUCCCAACUUGCGACCUACCGGCACCAAAACCUGAGCUCAAGUUCAGUCACUCAGCUUAUGGGUCCAGCUCCUGCCCGGGUUGCUCCAGAUCGCUCCUAACUUGCGACCCGCCGGCACCAAAACCUGAGCCUGAGUUUAGUCACUCGGCUUACGGGUCCAGCUCCUGCCCAAGUCACUCUAGAUUGCUCCCGACUUGCGAUCUGCCGGCACCAAAACCUGAGCCCGAGUAUAGUCACUCGGCUCAUAGGUCUAGCUCCUGCCCGGGUCGCUCCAGAUCGCUCCCGACUUGCAACCCGCUGGCACCAAAACCUGAGCCCGAGUAUAGUCACUCGGCUCACAAGUCCAACGCCUAUCCAGGUUGCUCCAGAUUGCUCCCGACUUGUGACCCGCCGGCAUCAAAACUUGAGCCCGGACUCAGUCACUCGGCCCACGGGACCAACCUUCAAACCAAGUGGCUCCAACUCGAGCCUCGAUUUGCGACUCGUCGAUCCUCCACCAAGUCGCCCUAUCACGGCCUACGAUUUAUGACUCGCUGGCCCUAA